GAGUGGAGGCACCAUCAGGGAAAGACUCACUCCAAGUGCCUGUAGCUGAGUCAGUGUCGUCUCUCCCAAAAUGAAGCUGCUGAUGAUGUGUCUGGGGCUGACUCUGGUCUGUGCCCAUCAUGAAGGAAACCAUGAUGUUGUGACAAGCAACUUCGAUAUGUCAAAGAUUUCAGGGGAAUGGUAUUCCAUUCUCUUGGCCUCAGACGUGAAGGAAAUGAUAGAAGAAAAUGGUAGCAUGAGAGUUUUUGUGGAAUCCAUCCAAGUCUUGGACAACUCUUCCUUGUCUUUUAAAUGUCAUAUGAAGGUCAAUGGAGAGUGCACUGAAAUUUCUUUCAUUUGUGACAAAACAGAAGAAAAGGGUGUAUAUAGUGUUGAAUGGUAUGCACUUAUAUUUGCUCUGUGA